UAUGAAAAGUGGGGCUCACCCUGACAUUGAGACAUGGAGACAUUAUUCUCAGUUCUUUUUGUUUGUCUGUAACUGUCAUUUAUUUUUAAAGGGCAAGGAAUGUGAAUAAGAGAAGUGAAAUCAGAGGAUCUUUAUUUUUUUAUUUUUUAAGGGAAAAGACACCCAGGUAUAGAAAGUUUAAAAAAAGCAGAAGUGAGAAAGGACAGCAAUCAAGUUGCAAUAGUUUCCUACAGCUGCAAACACGUGCUUACACUUAAGCAUUUUUGCAUGGCAAAUGAAAGAGACAAUUAGUUCUCCUUUCUUGGUUCCUUUUCAAUCUUUGUGGCAUGAUCAAGACUUUUGAUAAAGUGUGUUUAUUCCUCUUGUUAAUUGAUACUGCAUUAAUUUCUUUGCACUUCUUCCUGUUCCUUCUACACAGUUCGGAGUUGAGAGAUCAGAAUUUUAGCUCUAGCCACUCUCUGGAUAAUGACUUUCUGUUAUGAUACCUGUUCUACUUAGCUCACAGAAAUAUUUUGACAAUUAAAUGAGAUAAAUAUUCCUCAAACACUUUUCAAAAACUCUUAAAGUUCUCUAAAUUGGAAGUGUGAAUAUGAUGUUGCUAUUAUUACCCUUCUGUCUGAUGGUUCCGAGGGCUCGGAGACUAAUCCAGUUACCACCGGAACCCUGGGCUUAGAGUUGAAACUUUUUCCUUCUUCUCUUCCUUCUUUCCUUCGACAGCAUUUAUUUUACCUAAUGCCAAGGAUCAUGCAAGUACUGGUGGCUGUAGAGAAGUGUACACAUAGCCCAGAAUCCUGGGGUUGAGCGGGAAACCAGGUGGCAGUGGAGCAGAGGAAGAAAUGGUGAAUAACCAAAUGUCACCGGCUUCUUUUAUUGUUCAAGAAAGGAGAGUCCCUAUCCUAUACAGAGGGGGAAAAAAAUGUUCUUCUGGGUGUUAGCCCUCCUAAUCCUUUGUGGUUUUCUAUGGAAUUAUAAAAGACAACUAAAGAUUGCAGACAUCACAGAUAAGUAUAUUUUCAUAACUGGUUGUGACACUGGCUUUGGAAAUUUGGCAGCCAGAACUUUUGAUAAAAAAGGAUUUCGUGUAAUUGCUGCCUGUCUGACUGAAUCACAGUCAACAGCUUUAAAGGCAGAAACCUCAGAAAGGCUUCACACUGUGCUUCUGGAUGUAACCAACCCUGAGAAUGUCAAGAGGACUGCCCAGUGGGUGAAAAAUCAAGUUGGGGAAAAAGGUCUCUGGGGUCUGAUCAACAAUGCCGGUGUUCUUGGCGUGCUGGCUCCCACCGACUGGCUGACAGUGGAGGACUACAGAGAACCUAUUGAAGUGAACUUGUUUGGCCUCAUCAAUGUGACUCUAAAUUUGCUUCCCUUGGUCAAAAAAGCUCAAGGAAGGAUUAUCAAUAUCUCCAGCAUUGGAGGUCGGCUGGCGUUCAGUGGAGGGGGUUAUAAUCCAUCCAAAUACGCAGUAGAAGGCUUCAAUGACAGCUUAAGACGGGACAUGAAAGCUUUUGGUGUACACGUUUCAUGUAUUGAACCAGGAUUAUUCAAAACAGGAUUAUCAGAUCCAAUAAAAGCCACUGAAAAAAAACUCGCCAUUUGGAAGCAUCUGUCUCCAGAUAUCAAACAACAGUAUGGAGAAGGUUACAUUCAAAAAAGUCUAGACAAGCUGAAAGGCACAACUUCCUUUGUGAACAUGGACCUCUCCCUGGUGGUGGAGUGCAUGGACCACGCGCUCACAAGUCUCUUCCCAAAGACCCAUUAUGUUGCUGGGAGAGAUGCCAAGACCUUCUGGAUACCUCUGUCUCACAUGCCAGCAGUUUUGCAAGACUUCUUAUUGUUGAAACAGAAAGUAGAGCUGGCUAAUCCCAAGGCGGUGUGACCGGUGUGACUCAGCAGACAACAAAUGCCUACCCCAGGCUAUGAGAUUGGCUGCUUUCAAGGGCAUAUCUCCUUUUUGGUCUCAUUCCUUACCUAAUCCAACCCAGACUCAUUUAGAUCAUUUAGAUGUGCUUCUUUGAUACACGAGGGAGUCCUACCCACACUGGGAAUGUCCCAGGGUCCCUUAAGCCUUCUUUGAGAAGAAGGGCAGCAAUGACCUAUCCCAUAAAGGGCCAUGAUAGCACCUGCCCAAUAUUUAGGUUUUGUCUGCUUAAUAUGAUGUAAGGGAAAUUGAAAGCUUUUUCCAUCCAACAUGAUCUCUGCCACUGCCAGCCCCAUUGCCUCUAGCCCCCACACCUUGAACUCCAGAAUGUUAAUUAUUUGUCCCAUAUCAAAAUGUUCAGAGAGAAGUAGAAUACUUUCAUGAGUGGGUUGGAUGUCUUAUUUGCUGAGAAGAAGACUCAGGAAGACUGGAACUCAGUUUUCUAACCUGUGGUGGGUCAGGGGAAGGAAGGGUGAGGAAGCAUCAUGUGACUCAUACAAACUAAGGGGAACAGAGAAACACUAGGGAGGAUUGCAAGUAGGAGGAUAGGGGAGGAGCAGAAGGACAAUAAGACUGAAAAGAAGAAACAAGUAUGGAAGUGGAGGGAGGGAGAGUCCAAGACAAGCCUGCCUGUUCUAGAGGGAGCUGUGGAAGCUGAACAGCCGUUUCAAGGCAGCUGUGAACACGGAUGCCCACACAGCUGUCUAUGGAAAGCUGGUAACAAAAGUAACCACUUGUUCCAAAGAAGAAAAACAGAAGGUAUUCAUGUAAUUAUGAUGACUGCAAAUAUAAUAAGACCCAGAAUAUCUACAACAACUUAGACCCGAGAUGGUUGGAAAGCCUGUAUUUGAGGUGUCUCAGAAGCCUCAUAAAGACAUAGAGCUAAAUUAAGACUCUAGCCUACAGUUACAGUGACAGCUGUAACUUGCUCUUUGCUCAAAUUCGUGGUCCUGAUUGGACUGACCCUGGCCCCACACCGCAUCCAAAAACAAGUUCUCUACACGGUUGCUUCUCCAGAUAGCGGCACCCAGUAUCACUCAUGUAGGUUGGUUGACAAUUCACAUAAAAAGCCUGAAGUGUCAAAAUUCAAUAUUUGUGGCUAAAUUAUAUAGGGUGAAAGAGCCAGAAAAAUUGCAUCAUGUACACACACAGACACACAAAUGCACACACACACACACACACACACACACACUUAUUGUGAAGAAAAUAUUUAAUAUCUGCUGCAUGAAACCAUACCCAUUCGAAGAGAUCAGUAAUGCUAUUCAUUUUUAUCCACCUUUCUGGAAACAUCUGUUCAUGAGGUAGUCUCCUCUUCUCACAUUUACAAUGUAUUAAUGACUUUGAAAAAACAAAUUUUCAAUGGUGUCAGUCCACCUGGACAUAUAUGUCAUUAUUUUAAGGGAAAAUACGCUCAUCCUUUUUGCAUGAAAAUGAAGAAUUUCACAGCAGGAAUCAGAAGAAUUCUCAGGCAAAGUUAUCUAAGCUAUUGUCACUACCAACCCAGGAAGUCAUCUCCAUCUUGGUCGGGGUCCCACUGACAGCUCACCUUUAAGAUCUCUGAUUUCUUCUUGUUGCCAGUAACCGCCCACGGGUUAGGGAACCCUCACACAGCUUGUCCUUGGAGGGGAAGUUCAUCAGCGUUGUUUACUGAGGCUCUUCCUUCUCACCUUGAAUUCCCAGGUCCUGGCUUCAUCACCCUGUUUUAAAAAUGUCAGGCCCGCUGUCCCUGAUCUUCCUGUCCUCCGCUGCUUUCAGGACUUUUAAAAUCGGCAGGAACCUGCUUUGCUGGACAUCCAACCAUUCCAGUUGUGUUGUGGGGUCUGUCUAAUGGUCUUAUUUCCUUUGUUUCACCUGCACCUGAGUUCUUUGCUCAUUUCUCCAUGUAACUACAAUUGGCAAAUCCCUGUUUCAUUCAAUCCAAAAAGGGUUCUACUUAAAUGAAUGCUCCCAAAUACGGUAUCAUCUCAAAACAAAAUCAAAUAUACCCAAACUCACCCAAGUAACCUUGAAAGCUUUUAAAACUAAAUGAGGAGAUGACAGUAUUUGGAAUAUAAAGGUAUAGUCUCAACAAAAGCACAAGACCUGGAAGAAAGAGAAGGAGAGAGGAAGGGAGGGGUGUAAGAAGGUCAUUGCACCAGGAGUCUGAGGUAUGACUGCCUCGACUCUCUCAGUCUCACCAUCACUUCUGAUAUUCUCUGUGCUCUUAGGAAAAUAAUAUAUUUUUUAUCUAUACUAUUUGGGAGGACAUAUACUGGGCAUUCUGCUAAGUCCUGGCCAGUAAGGAAUGACAUGGCCCCUUCCUUCAUAGAGUUUAUUAUAAUCCAAAAGCUGAGACUACUACUUGGGAUGCCUUAGAGUAUCUUAGAGUAGACUACUACUUGGGAUGCCUCCAGAAUCUGUGGUCAAGCUAAAGUGAGAUGUUGUCUUUCUACCACCUCUCGUUUAUGGGACCCUUUCCUCACUUAGUUUGGAGGCACAAGGAGAACCUCCCAGACUUUUCCUCUGAUCUGACCUAAAAAAUCCCACUACAUCCUCUGUAGCUCUAUCUGGAUAUCCACAAGGUAUUCACAUCUGGAGUUCCUACCACUCUCACCCCGACCUACCCUUUCCCAAGCAAGCACCAACUACUAUCAAUUUGAUCUCCUAAGGAGAUACCUCGUCUACUACUUUUCUUCUCCAAGGGAUCAUCUGUUCAAGCUUUCAUCAUCCCUUAUCUCAAUGACAGUAUAUUUACCCUUGUAUUCUUUCGAUGAUUUCUCCUCACUGUAGUCAGAAUUAUUCAGAAUUCAGAUCUAAUUAUUCUACUCUUUUCCCCACCACCACUUUCUUAAACCCUUCAAUGCGUUUCCAUUGCAUUUUGGCUAAGGACAAAAAUGCAUUACAUAAAUGACGUUGCCCCAGCACUUCUCAUUAGCCUCAUUUGAGGCUCUUCUCCUCCUCAGCUAGCCCCCUCAGACCCUUUGCCCAUUCUCUUGCCUAGGAAGUUUCCAUUUUUCUUGCUUAUCUAGUUUCCUCAUCCUGUAGAUCUCAGACCCUUCCUCAGGGAAGCCUGUACAGUUCCAAACUCUGACAACAGUCUUUGUAUCCCAAAUUGGUUUCUGUUUUGUACAGGACCCUUAUCACAAUCUGUCAUUACAUAUUUGUGUAAUUAGUUUGUUACUAUGGGUCUCCCCACACAGACUUUAAGUUUCAUGAAAUCAGGAACCAUGACCCUUCGCUUAUCUUUGUAUUCCCUUGCCUAGCACAGUGCUGGCAUGCAGACCACUGUUCAAAAAUAUUUAUUGAAUAAAUUUAGAAAUCAGCCUCUAUGAGCCUUUCUGACUAGGGGGCAAUCUAUCACUUAAGAUAGGGCUUGCCAAUCUCAUUGAUUGUGCUAUUAAAGAAUCAGCUUGAUUAAAAUACUAUAACUUCCUUAAGUCUUUGACUACUUCCUCAAGAGCUCCCUACCUCCUGUUUUUUCUGUAAGCCUCCCUUUGGAAACUAGUCGCCAACGGUCUGUUGGUCCCAAGACACUGUGAAGGAACCUCCGUCCAUGUUGAGCCAUUCUGGGCUCAGUGCUCACAGAACAGGGAGCAUCAGGAAUCAUUUCAUUCACUUCUCUGCCUGUAGGAUGAUAUGGCCAAGCCAGCCAGGCUAAAGAGAGCCACUUCAAUUUAAAGUCUCUCUGGGGGUGCUUGGGUGUCUCAAUUGGUUAAGUGUCUGACUCUUGAUUUUGGCUCAGAUCAUCAUCUCAGGGUUAUGAGGUGGGGCUCUGUGCUGGGCGUUGAGUCUGCUUAUGAUUCUCUCUCUGACCCUCCCCUCCUCUAAAAAAAAUUAAAAAAAUAAUAAAAUAAAAUAUUAUAAUAUACUAAAUUAAAUCUUUUCAGAAACCCAUAACUUCUUUGGGCAACCCAGCCAAUUUUUAAUAAAGAAAAUACCCAGGAGCUUCUAAGAAAAAUGAUGAAUUUUGGCUUUAUUCUCUAUUAAUCCCAAUAAUUCUCAGGAAUGUGAGAGAUCAGAGUCCCAUCAGGAUGGAGGAAAUAGUUAAACAGUUUCAAACUGGAAAGCUGUGUAAUGUAUAGAAAUUAUUUGUAACAAUCUAAACUAAGCCACAGUUUAUAAGGACUAUGCUGGUCGACAAUUUCAUGGAUUUUUGCUUGUUAAAAAAUAAGACAAUUCUGUUGAUAUUCAUAAUACUGACAUUCUUCCUCAACCCUGUGACUCAUUUUCAAAAAGAAAAUAUGAAUAAUUUCCAUCCUACUAUAUAUAUGAGGCACUAAAAUAGUCAGGGCUCUGGUGCAGAUUCUAGUUUAGCUGAAUCUCGGAGCUCUUUUUGCACACAGCACCUGCCCGAGAAAGAACCAGAUCACAGCUCUUGGCUGAUUAGUCCCUAGAAAUAAAUAGCACUCUGGCCUGAAAUGGGUCAGGCAAGGCAGCGUAGCAUUCUGUCACACUCUACAACCAGCAACUGCCCUGAACAGCUCCAUUUCAGUCCUUUUUGAGAAACUGGACAUGGAAAGGAUUCCACUAUAGAUACAUAGCAUAAGACCUGGGCAAAAACCAUUCAGUCCUAUCCUGAGGCAGGGGUGGGGUUUGCUAAUUACUCUCAGCCAUCUGGGUCUGUUUUUGCUCUUAGAUAUGGCAGCUGGAACUUGAGUAUGAUGCCACCCAAUGAAUGGUGGUGCCUGGGUUUGGGAUCAGUAAUCCAAGCAAACUAGCUUCCCACAGGUAUAAUAAGAAAAUAUUAUCGAUGGUUAUUUAAUACUUAGUAUGUGUCAGGUUCUUAAUGCAUUUGGAUAUAGCACAAAUGAUUUCAUCUAACCCUAACCAUAUCUCAGGUACGUUUUGUUGUUGUCACUCUUGUUUCAUUUAUUUGUUUUUAAUAUGGUAAGAACAUUUAAUAUGGGAUCCAUUCUCUUAAGUGAAGUGUACAACACAGAAUUGUAAGUGUAGUCACAAAGUUGUUCAGCAGGUCUCUAGAACCUAGUCAUUUGCAUAAGUGAAAUUUUGUACUGGUUGAACAGCAAUUCCCCAUUUCCCUUGCCCUCAGUCCCUAGAAACCACCAUUCUACUCUCUGCUUCUAUGAGUUUGAAUAUUUUAUAUACCUCAUGUAAAUGGAAUCAUACAGUAUUUGUCCUUCUGUGACUGGCUUACUUGACUUAGCAUACUGUCCCCCAGGUUCUUCCAUGUCAUCAUAUAUGGAAGAAAUAUCUUCUUUUUAAGGCUAAGUAAUCUUUCAUUGUCAUUAUAUAUCACCUUUUCUUCAUUGGUUUAUCUGUUAGUAGACAUGUAUGUUGUUUCCAUAUGUGAGCUAUUAUGGAUAAUGUUACAAUGAAUAUGGGAGUACAUAUACCUCUUUGAGAUCCUGAUAUUAAUUCUUUUGGAUAAAAACCCAGAAGUGAGAUUGUUGGAUGAUAUGAUAUUUCUUUUUUUAAUUUUUUGAGGACCCUCCAUGCUGUUUUCCACAGCAGCUGAUCCAUUUCGUUUUCCUGCCAAUGGUGCACAAGGGUUUCAAUUUCUCCACAUCUUCACCAACACUUACCUCUUGCUUUCCUGAUAAUCACCAUCCUAACAAAUGUAAGUUGAGACGUCUCUGUAAUUUUGAUUUGCAUUAUUUGAUCAUCAGUGAUUAGUGAUAUUCAGCAUCUUUUCAUUUACCUGUUGGCUAUUUGGAUAUCUUCUUUGAAGAAACAUCUAUUCAAGGCCUUUACCCAUUUUUUAAUCAGGUUACUUGUUUUUUUAUUAUUGAGGUGAAGAAGUUUUUAUAUAUUUUGGAUAUUAGAUAUGUUUUUUAGAGUUGGAGAAAUGAAGUCACGGAGAGGUGGACAAUUUGCACAAGCUCAUACUCCAUGUAAGUAUGGGCCAAGGUUCAAACCUGGACUGUCUGAUGCCAGAGCUCACACUCAGAAUCACUGAGCUCCACUAUAUAGAAGCAGGGUACUUUUCUAAACCUCAAUUCUGGGCCUGUUUAAAAAACAAAAACAAAAACAAAACAAAACAAAAAAACUUUACUAAUCUAACAUGAGUCUUGCCUAGGUAAUAAUAUUAUGCAUAAGGGGGCACCUGGGUGGCUCAGUGGGUUAAGCCUCUGCCUUCAGCUCAGGUCAUGAUCUCAGGGUCCUGGGAUCGAGCCCCGAAUCGGGCUCUCUGCUCAGCGGAGAGCCUGCUUCCCCCUCUAUCUUUGCCUGCCUCUCUGUCUACUUGUGAUCUCUGUCAAAUAAACAUAAAACCUUUAAAAAAUAAUAUUAUGCAUAAAAAUGAUGCCUUAUUUUGAGCUUAUAUAAAUAUAGACUCUUUUGUUUUCCCCCAUUCUACUUUUAAACUUUUCUCACAAUAAAAUAACUGGAGCACUUAUACCCCA